GCUUCGAUCACCAACCCGAGGGACCCAGCUGGGUCGAUGAGCUCUAGAAAGCCAGGAGUCAUGAAGGCGAAGAAAGGAACCCCCAUGCGAGCCCGAGCUCGGUCCCUCGGUGCAAUAGUGGAGUCGGACAGCGAGAUGGAGAGCGACCACUCAUGGGAGAAACUGCCCGAGGUUCGGGAGAUGCUCGCUCAGGAGGCCAUGUCCGAGCAAGAGAUCAUGGACUUUCUGGAGGGCAAGAUGAAGCUCCCUGCCGUACAUCAACGGUGGCGCCACCUGGUGCUGAAGGUCAUGAGUAUCGAGAUGGUCACCCGCGCCAUGCAGCAGGUGGCUCGGCGGAUGCCGUCGAGCUUCACGGAGUCCUUCCAGAAGUCGGAGUGUCCUCACCCGCCCUGGGCGGUGAGGCACGGCUCCAAUGCGACCAGCGUCUACGCCCACUGCACGCAGUGCUCGGAUCGUCUUUUCUUGCGGAACAAGACGGCUCACAAGAUCUUCGAGGCCCAGAAGAAGAGGGAGGAUCGCGAGUCGGCCAAGCGAGACCGUCAGGGGCAGAAGGAGCUCGCCAAGAAGAUGAUGGAGAACUACCGGAAUGCUCCGAAGGGAGGCAAGGCGGCUUCGAUAUCGGCCUCUCCAGUUCCGCCCGUCCCUCACAAUCUCUACGUGCUCGAGGAGGAGGGCUACGUCAAGUACAAGAGUCCGCCUCCGAGCUCACCCGCGGAGACAUCGGAGAGCAAGGAGCUCAAGAAGGCCCCUCCAGGAUCAUGCAGACGGACGGCUCUCUCGGACAUGAAGUACGUGGUGGACUCCCAGAAGACCCAGAACGAGCAUAUGUGGAAGACGGUACAGGACUUCAUCCAGCAGGGCAUCAACCUGAACCACGACCUGGUCCAGCAGGGCACCAACAUGACUCACGAUGUCCAGCAGAGGUCGUCGCAGACCAGCCUCAGCGAGACCGACACGCAGCGAUUGGCGGCGGUGAUCGCGACCGGCACGAAGGCAUCAGCCGCCAGCUCGAGCUGA